CUAUCUAGCCGCGAAAUUUGAACAGUUUGAGUCAACAGUUUUCGUGUUUUUUAAUGAGUAAUUCGAGGCAGUCAGAAAGCCCCAGCCAGCCAUCUGUGGGGAGCGAUGGGUCCAGGAGCAAGAAAGGACGCCAGAAACGAAGAGGAAAAGGAAGGAAAACUGAAGCUAAGGAGAGUCUGACGCCAAUCAGCAAGUACCUAGUGAAAGAAGAGCCACCAGCACCGCCAACUACACAGCCCAGCACCUCAAACACACAAAGAGCAGAUGAUGGUGACGAAAAUCGUGCAAGCACCUUAGCUGGACCCUCAACAACAGAGAGAUCAGACGAAACACGUGGAGGAAACGGUGGGCAGCUGGAACCUACACCCCCAAAGGCAGUAGCUAGAGAGGCAGUGGUUGAACAGGGAGGAAGAAAGACCUCAGGGAAAGAUGGUGGAGGGAUAGAUGGACAGCCAGAGAAGAGAAAGGGUGAGGGUGGUGGAGGAAGGCAAGGUGUGAAGGCAAGCAGUAGCAGUUCUAGUAGAAGUCUGGUCCAGGAGAGAGAGAGGAGGGAGAGGAAAGUUGAGCCCAAGCGAAGUACCGACACGCCAGUUGUGAGGAGGCAGGUACAGUCCAGUAUUAGAGACCAUUUCCCAGUCAGGAGAAGUGGUCGGAAGACAAAGUCAGAGGUUGAGAAAGAGGAUUUUGAAAGAAUGGCUCAAAGACUCAGAAACAAGGACGAAAGUGGACUGAAGGUGGUGGAGGUGGAGGGGAAAGGUCGCGGGGUAGUCUCCACACGCCGGUUCUCGAGGGGUGAGUUGGUGUGCGAGUAUUCCGGGGAGCUCAUCUCUCUGGAAGAGGCCAGGGAGAGAGAGGUGGAGUACGGGAAAGACCCUUCAGUCGGCUGCUACAUGUACUACUUCUCCCACAACAGCAACAAACUAUGGCAAGUGUGUUUUGCUUGUUUUGCAUCAAUGUAUAUUUCAGUCUGGCUGGCAGGCUCAUACAUAAUAAUGUGUACAGUUGUUGAUGCGACGGCAGACAAUGGGAGGAAGGGGAGACUGCUAAACCACAGUCGGACGGCGGCCAACGUGGUAACCAGACUAGCUGAGGUGGAUGGACAGCCAUAUCUCUGUCUAGUCGCCGCCAGAGACAUCUCUGUUGGAGAACAACUGGAGUACGACUAUGGCGAGAGGGACAGAGCCACCAUGGAUUCCCACCCCUGGCUUGCCUCUUAGGCACAGUGUCUGUACUCUAUAGAUCACUACAAAUGUCUUUGUGUGCCAGUGUGUCUGGGCCUUUUGUCUGCACUGUUUGCCUGCAUUGUUACUCCAAUUAUGUGUGCAACAUUCUCAUGUAUAUAGCUUUUGAUAUGUAGUGCAUUUUACUUCAUGACAGUUUUCUGUUUUCAACAAGACUAUAAUGAAGAGGUUUUUAGAGUUUUCAGCAGCAUAGUUCAUGAAUUUUGAGGCUUUGUUAAAUAUCCAGUUGUAGCCAUCAGCAGUCAGCACACACACCCAGAGGAAGAAUCACCUGCGAAUAUCAAUAGGCUUACUUUCUGCAGACGGUCAGCAUAGACACGGCACCAGUAGAAACUGCAGACAUCAGAGUGGCCGCUAGCUCCAGAGAGCCGAGUAUGGCAUACUCACUGGGUGACCAGCUACAGUAGAUAGUGCUGGACAUUAGCUCCCAGACAUACAAGGCUAGACAUGCCAAUACUGCAGUAAAGCUGAGGACCAUCACCACCGUUACUAAGGUAGAGAUGGAACUGAGCUGCUUUAGGACUUUACAUGGUUCUUUGUGGUUGCAGUCUUGGUCUAGGUUGGGUUCUCCAGACCAGCAUCCCGCUAGGAACACGCCCGUCAGUGAUAACACCAACCCCUGCCCGAUGAGGACAAAUUGCAACCGAGUCCGAAUGUCGCGGCAUUGCACGUGUCGCUGUCCACCAUGUUGGCUGAAGUGCACGGUUCUAGCUCCCGAGUUUUGGUCCAGGAGAGCUACCCACGACACUGGGAUUACUAGUCCACCGAAUAUCAGCAGACAGACGGCCGUUAUGGCUCGGUGGCGGCCACAAACUCGCCUAGAAAUGACCCGCUGCGGUGCAUGUUGAAUGUUGUUGCUGCCAUCGGGUUUUCUGUAGUCUCGAGACGAAGCUGAGUGCACGGAGAGAGGCGUUUUGAUUGCAACGGGAGCCGGCCGCUGGACGUCUUGGACGGGGAUCUCGUCCGAUAUGAUGAGGACUGCGGGUCGUGGCGACCGGGAGGACGCCCGCGCAGCUAGCGGCAGACGGUAAGAGUUGGCGAAGGAUUCCGGCGGACUGGAGGACGCUAGACGUGCACAUACGGUGUUUGUGGAGGACGAGGAGUCUUCGCAAGAUUGGUAGUCCGACUGCAG